UUUGUUGGCAGACAUUAUGUAAAAUAGUUGACUACAAGACAUGUUUCACAAGAAAACACUUUUGGCACACUUUGUGGUCAAUUGGUGGCGAAGAAGUGGUCAAACAUUUCGAUAUAACUAUAACUCGAAGACGAGUCACUCUUUGGUCGAAAUUCAAAAAUGUUGUGAUAUUUUGAGGAUUUCUUACGAUUUCAAUGAAUUAGAGCUAAGGAAUGGCUAUUUGGAGAGCUGUCGAAGAACUCAUCCCGACCUCAAUCUCCACCAAAACGAUGAUACGAAUGGAGAAGAAUUUGGUGCCAUUAAGAGUGCCUAUCAUUUACUCAAAGAAUAUCUCAGAACUAAAGACAAUGAGAAUAAGGAUUACUUGAAAAGAGUGGAAGAGGAGGAGGAAGAAGAGGAGGAGAAUAAGGAGAAGCAUAGAGUGGCUCAACACCGGCAGUAUCUGUCGAUGGAUGGCGUGGGCUUUGGGACACCGACUGAGAGACAGAAGUUCUUCGAAAAGCAUCGACUCAUGAAAGCCACGGAUCGCGUCAAUGAGUUUCAGAUGAAUAAAAUCAAAUCAGAUUAUCAUUUGUCUGAAAAAGACUUGAUUUCUAUAAAGAGCUCUAAACUCCAAAGAGAUGCCAAAGUAAGACAAGGAAUCGACCGUUUGGUUGAAGAUUUAAUCCAAGAGUCCAUAGCUCGGGGAGAGUUUGAUAACCUUCCGGGUUAUGGGAAGCCUCUGAAGGAUCGACCGGAAUAUCCUUAUUUAGAUACAACUACUGUUAAAUUGAAUGAAAUCCUAAUAAACAAUGGUUUUGUUCCCGAAUGGGUUCUUCUCGAA